AGAAUUCUCAGUAUGUUAGUGUCAGCAGGUGCAUUCUGAAACAUGCCUUUUUUUUGCCUUGCGUUUUAUUUAAGUCUGCCUGCAUUCUCCCCCACAGCACACCCCGGUGUAACUCCCGAUUUCUCUCGCUGUGACAGGUUGUCUUUGCCAUUCUGGGUCGCCGUGAUUAAUAAACUCUUGACACUCACAGUUUCUUGCUCAACUGGCCUUUUUUCUGAUCGGUGUGAGCAUGAGAAAAGGUAGAUAUUUGUGCUUCUACCUCAACUGGAAUGUUCGGCUGGCCUUAAGCCAAUAAGGACUCAGUGAACAGGAUAACAUUACAAUUUAGAUUUACGGGAAGUUGCCAGUGUUGCAGCGAAAUUCUGGUUUGGUGACUUUAGGGGCAGGGCAUUGUGAAACAAAAAACUUAACUUGUUUGAGAAGAAAGGAAACCAGAAGAACAAAAGGGAGAGUCUAAACAAAUUAUGAGUUAAAACUCACAAUCUUAGUUUGGGCUACAAAACCCUAGCAGCUUUUUGCUGAACAGCCAUAAAUGGGCUGAAAACAAGCUUUAAGAGAAUAAUGCCACACACUUUAAGACUGGCUAGGAAUUUCUCCUGAGAGUGCUGGAGCUUCUGAGCUGCUAUUUAGCCCCCGUGGAAUGUGCAGCUUAGGUCAGUGAGAGUCAGGUAUUUUAGAUUAACUGGGUCUAAUUGUGAGUUUCCCAAAGCUUGGUUACACUUUUGAUGGACUGAGAGUUGUUUCGAAAAAGCUUACACGAGCGAAGAAAGAAGACAGAAAGGUUUAACUGCAGUAAAUAGCAAUAGAGGGAGUUUCUGGGCACUCCUUGCCGAGAUAAAACAAGAAAAUGUGGGUAUGCUGGCAGAUUCUUUGCACUGCUUACUAAAUGACGAUGAAGAAACAAGCAAUUGCCAUCUGAGGUCCCAAAUCUAACAGGAGGUGCUGGCUAACCUGAUGAAUAUUUCUGCCAUUCUCUACAUAUAAUUGAGUUUGACCAGUUUUCAACCCCUGAAGGUAGAAUAAUCACGUAUAAUUAGAAAAAGAGAAAUGCCCACAAGAAUGCAAUGCCAAAAGGUCUGAUGUAGAAAAUUCCCAUUUAUUUAAUUAUGGACAUGACAGCCAAGGUCCGAGCACAACUUGAAUGGUUUUGACAGAAUGACAGCUGAAGACUCCAACACCAUGAUGAGCACAGAUUCCUGCAACAUGUCUUCAACUAAAGCCAUUGAAGGAGUUGCUGGUGCCCCUAAUGAGGCCACCCUGCUGGCACUAAUGGAGCGUACAGGCUACACGAUGGUUCAGGAGAAUGGCCAACGCAAGUAUGGUGGGCCUCCUCCAGGGUGGGAAGGCCAUCCUCCUCCCCGCGGCUGCGAGGUCUUUAUUGGAAAGAUUCCUCGCGAUGUUUACGAAGAUGAGCUGGUUCCCAUUUUUGAGUCGGUGGGACGGAUGUAUGAGAUGCGCUUGAUGAUGGACUUUGAUGGUAAAAACCGUGGCUAUGCCUUUGUCAUGUUCACAGCCAAGCACGAGGCCAAAAGAGCUGUCCGAGAGCUUAAUAAUUACGAGAUCCGUCCAGGCAGGUUGCUGGGUGUUUGCAGCAGUGUGGACAACUGUAGACUUUUCAUCGGGGGCAUCCCAAAAAUGAAGAAAAGAGAAGAGAUUUUAGAGGAGAUUUCUAAAGUAACGGAAGGAGUGCUAGACGUGAUUGUCUAUGCCAGUGCAGCGGACAAGAUGAAAAACCGAGGGUUUGCGUUUGUCGAGUAUGAAAGUCACCGUGCUGCCGCCAUGGCGCGCAGGAAGCUGAUGCCUGGAAGAAUCCAGCUGUGGGGUCAUCAGAUUGCAGUUGACUGGGCGGAGCCAGAGAUCGACGUUGACGAAGAUGUGAUGGAAACCGUCAAGAUUCUGUACGUGAGAAAUCUGAUGAUCGAAACCAUGGAGGAAACGAUAAAAAAAGUCUUCAGCCAGUUCAACCCUGGGUGCGUGGAACGAGUAAAGAAGAUUCGCGAUUAUGCGUUUGUCCAUUUCUCCACGAGGGAUGAUGCAGUUCUAGCCAUGGAGAAAUUAAAUGGGACUGACUUUGAAGGUUCCUACAUCGAGGUGACCCUGGCCAAGCCCGUGGACAAAGAGCAGUACAGUCGUUACCAGAAGGCAGCAAAAGGUGGACCAACCGAAACUCCUCAAGCAAACAUCGUCUACUCCUGUGAUCCCUACACACUAGCUUACUACGGGUAUCCCUACAGCACGCUGAUUGGACCCAACAGAGAAUAUUUUGCCAAAGCAGGCACUGUGCGUGGCCGCGGUAGAGGGGCAGCUGGCAACAGAGCAGCAGGACCUCGGGGAUCGUACCUGGGUGGAUAUUCUGCAGGCAGAGGUAUUUACAGCAGAUAUCAUGAAGGGAAGGCCAAGCAACAGGACAAAGCGUAUGAACUGAUACCCAGCUUAGAUCUGGCCUCAGUCAGUCCAGUCGCUAUGAAACCUGGUGCAGUGGCCAUCCCUUCCAUUGGACCCCAAUACCAAGUGUUUCAGGCAGCUCCGGGCACUAAGCUAAUGGAAGAAAACAAAAUGCAUCCAAUGGAACAUGUUCUUAAUCCUAUUGCUGUUCAAACUGAUCCAAACGGAGCACCGAUCACUCCUCCGCCUUUUCAGACUCGCCCAAUAACUCCAGUCUAUGCAAUGGCUUCCAACAUUCAACGAAUUCCUGCAGCUGGAUUCUACGGGGCAAGUUAUGUACCAAUUGCAGCUCCUACUUCUGCUGCCGCCAUGGCAACGCUGCAAAAGAAUGCAGCCACUGCUGCAGCUGUAGCAGCCUAUGGAGGAUAUGCUAGUUAUGUACCACAGGCAUUCCCUACAGCCACCUUUCAAGUCCCUUUACACGAUUUCUACCAAACCUAUUAGGAUUUUAUAACAAAGACUUUGUAAUAGUGAAGGAAUACACUGAUAUUUAUGAAGAAAUAAAGCCAACAUAGUUUUUUGUGAAAUAAUUGUUUUUAGGACUUGAGUAAACUUUGCACCAAAAACUAUAUGAAAGAGCGAAACGUUUUAAAAAUGCUAUUUGUUACUAAAUUUUGAAAAAAGUGUUUUAAAAUUUCAGUAAAAACCAUUCUAUGCAUUUAUAUGAAAACACUUUUUUUUUUUAAUUGCCUUGUCUUUAGAAAAUAUUAUAAAAUCUUCCGUCCAUAAGGUUUGAACACUCUGAAUGUGGACAACUAGAAUCUAGAAGAUUAGUACUUGUAGGUAUGGGUUUUUACAUGCUGAACAAAGAUGUUUUGUGUGAUACGCUCACUCCAGUUAAUUAUUCUAUUGGUGCCUUCAAGAAAAGCUCAGCCUUAAUUGGACCAUAUAUCAUAAGUAGAUCCUCAUAAAUGUCCAUAUAAAAAUGAAUCAAAACACAAAACAUAUAACAUAUAACCAAGCAUAGGCCUGUCAUGGCCAAGAAUUGUACAUGGUGUGUAUUUAAAAACCUGAGUUGUUCAUUUUGGUGAGCAACACCAUUUUUAUUGUUUAGUACAAGCAUUGUGUCCAAAUAGUAUACGAGCUACAAUUUAAAAAAAAUUGGACUGUUAACACAAAGCCAGAAUUUGGAUAGAAUUAUUUUCCAUAAUUUUGGUUCUUUCAGGAACUGAAUUUCACCAGCUUCAGAGUGAAUAUUUGUAGUACUGAUCUUGAUGGGAUGAAGUGUUCAGAUUGAGAUUCAGAUGAUUGAGGAAGAAAGUAUCUAAGUAAAUGUUUGUCUUUUGAGGUAAGGUGUGGCUUGUUCAGAAAGAAAAAUAAAAAGCAAGGGAAAUAACUGUCCACAGUAGUGAGAAAAGAUGACAUGAUGAUAGAUUGUCACUUAAGAAAUACAAUGGGACUGAAAUACACAAGACAUUAGGUAGAAGAUAACCAUCGAGCUAAAUGCUCGACCUAAUGAAGGCAAGGAUAAAUUUCUAUUGCAAUGCUCAUUAUUUUCUGUGUGUCGACUCUAAAUUCAGCUUUAAUGCUGAGAUUUUGUUAGGACAAGGACUGAAAUAAGCCUUGUCAGCAUGAAGUUCUAUUAUAAUUACUUUUUAUCAUGUUAAAGAAAAUUUCUAGCUGAUCUGAGGUGAUAAAGUAGUGUGGGUACUAAUGUUGUAUUUUGGUUAUGUAACAAAUUAGAUUUAUGUGUGAGCGUGUACAUAUUAUGUUUUAAUAUAAGUUUAUGAGCAAAUGCCUUUUAUGGUGCAGCAGCACAUGGUAUGUAGUCUACCACAGAGAUUUAUCAAUUUCUUUCAAUUCUGUUGAAGAAGCAAAAUAAAUCUUUUAUUAUAGUAGGAACCAAAUGUAUUUUUGCAGUCUUUCAGUGGCCUGUAAAGGAGACUUUCGAAAAACGUCCGUGUUAAAAUGUGCCGUGAUGCUUAGUAAAACCUGUAUAAUGUGACCACACACUUUGGGCUAACCAAAGUAACCUGCGGAUAACAACAACAGUUGAGCUGCAUUCAUUGUUUUUCAACCUAGGAAAGAUUAUUUGGUUGAGGUACUGUAGAUUAUAUGGGGUCUUUUCAGCACAGGUUCAGCCAUUUGCCUUCACACUUGCUGUUUAUAGAAUAGAAGCUCACAUACACUGUAAGUACUAAUGAUAAUCUCCCAGAAACACUAACUAUUGAGAGGCACCAUUUUGAAGACUAUCUCUAAUCAAUGGAUUUAAUGUUUCACAUUCUACAUUACUUUCUCAAAUAAGCACAUCACUAAAUUAAAUGCAGAUUACAAAGGCAGCUGCUGCUUGUGUUAGUGCAAUCUUAAUUAUUUAAUCCCUAAAAGUAAUUAAACAAACUUUUGUGCCUCACUUAAAACCAAAUGAGGUACCAUCAUUUUUUCUUAAAAAGCAAACUCUAGAUGUUCGGAGGUCACAUUAUAUUUCCCAAUUUUUACAAGUCACUGUUCUUGCCAUUAUUGGAAAUGUACCAGAAAUUACCAUGUUUUAUAUUGUUAUUGUAUGAAUUAUUGUGCACUGCAAUAUGCAACCCAUUGUCACGGCAUUGUUGUUCUGUGAUGGAUUACUUUUUAAAGUCAUGUGCAAUUCACUUGUUCAGAAAUUAGAUUUUCUAGAAAUGGACCUGCUAUAUUCAUCUCAGCAUGUUAGAACUGGUAAGAACCAAGCUGAGUGGCACAGCUGCUCCCUUACAGUGCCAGAGACCCGGGUUCGAUCCUGUCAAUGGGUGCUGUCUGUACGGAAUUUGUACAUUCGCCCUGUGACUGCGUGGGUUUCUUCCAGGUUCUUCAGUUUCCUCCCACAUUCCAAAGAUGUGCAGGUUUGUAGGUUAAUUGGCAUCUGUAAAUUGUCCCUUGUGUGUAGGUUAGAACUAGAGUACGGGUGACUGCAGGUUGGCAUAGACUCGGUGGGCUGAAGGGCUUGUCUCCAUGCUGUAUCUCUAAACUAAAUUAAACAUGGGUAAUGUCUAUUAACAUCAACACUAAUGGGACAGUCAUAUAUGCAAAACAAUUUGCCCUUUUGGUUAGAAUAGAAAUGUAUGACCAAAGUUGAAGAAUUCCAAGAACACAGGGAGAAGAAAAAUUACCAGUAACACUCCACUACUGAGCAAAACACUCCCUUUCUUAGCUGUUAUAUUCAGUAACGUUGAUGAACAUUGAGGGAAUCAAUGGGAUUUGAGCGAAGAUUCCCUUUUAACAAACGACUUGUAUUACACCUGGACCUUACCCAAACAACCUGUAAAGACAUCACUUGUAAAGUUUUAAAACAACAUUUUUUACUCUGCUGAUAGUUCCCAACUGUUGCCCAGCCUGCCAUUUUGGAUUUAACAUCACAAACUGCUCAGCACAUUUUCUGCACGAUUUUAAUUAUUGAUAGUUGUUAAAAUCAAGGUUUAUAAAGUUGCCAACAAAAUAGAUACUGCUGCUAGAAAAUGCCUUGGUUUCCUCAAAGAAAUAUCAAUUUUCAUAACGUCUACUGUACCUUUUUAGUAUAUCUGUGAAAUACUUUUUAUGAAGUACACAAAGUAUAUAGGGUAACACCACCAAUUAGAGUACAAAGAAAGUUGUUCAAUUAUUUUUAAAAUAUUAUCUUAUAAAGAGAGGAGUUAUGGUCAGAUUUUGAGAUUCAUUUUAUUCCAAAAUACUUUUAUUUGACUGAAUAGUUUCUCAUAGCCCAGUUAAGUGAAAAGAAUCUAGAUGUAUUUAAAAAUAAUAUUUAACGUGUAAGAUGCAUUCAAGACCAUUUAGAAGUGGGAGAGUAACAGUGGAAGAAAAACAAAGGGUUUCACGUAACUAUGUCCGCUAGUAAAAGCUUCAUGUAUUUUUUACUUGCUUUUUUUUUCUGCACAGAGGACCUAACAUUGAUCCAACAAGGUUAAAGUAUUGAUUAUCUGCUUUUGGCAGGGGGUCUGCAGAAGGUCAAUAAACCUGUUAGGAUCCAGACUUGUGCCACUUUAUUUUAGCUAUUUCAUUCAAACAGCAUUUCUUUCUAGUUAAGUUCAAAAUGUUGGUCUGGUGCAUAUAAAAGAACAAGUUAUACAUAGAAAAAUCUUUUAAAACAAAUGUGCCUUAUUAGCAAACAAACACAUUACCAUGACGUGUUUGAACUCUUUGUUUUCUAUUUUCAUUGUGUUUUUAAAGCUUAAGUUUAUUCUGUUGCAUUUAUAUUCAAAAGCAGUAGUCAAUAAAGCAUUUUGAAACCUG